AUGAGUUCCACUUUGGUAACGGUUUACAAUCAAGAAGAAAAUGUCUACAUUCAACACCGUCACAACGGAGAGAGAUCUUGGAUUGGGCUCAAUGACCGAAGUGUGGAGGGCUCCUUUGUGUGGACAAACAAAGAAAUAAGUAGUUUUAGGUUCUGGGCCCCACAGCAACCGAACGACUGGAAAAACGAAGACUGUGUUCACACUCUUGGAGCCAAGCAUGGUUACGCUUGGAAUGAUGUGCUUUGUCAUAACUGCUAUAAUUAUACUUGUUUUAAAGGUACGAGGCAUAGUAAGAUUUAUAUCUAUGUUAAUCCUCAUGAACCAGAAAGGCUUCUAGACAUUUUUAAAAAUGUAUUUUUUUUUAAUUUAACAAGCAAAGAGCAUAUACAGCAUUUGAUUUUACGCCAAAAAUGAUCGAAACAGAUUGCAUGGAAAAGUAGCAACACCAAUCAGACUAACUGAAGUUAGAGUGCUUUCGGUAUUGGAGAAAUUGGGGAUUACCACCUACAUUUUGCAUAAAAAAUGUCCAUUUAUACCAAAAAAUGGCCGCAAGGGCCUGAAAUCGGAAUCACAAAUUGAUUUAAAGAAAUAUUGGAAGUCGAAUUUACAUUCCACCCUUUUGUCUAGGAAAACGUUCCGUUGGCGUUCGGCGAAUAUUAGGGACCUUACGAAACUACGACAACUACGGCGAAGGCUACGGCGACAGCUACGGCGACGGCUACGGCGACGGCUACGGCGACGGCAAUGUCAAAAAGCCGGCAAUAGGUUUAGUUAGCAAAACAACAACUCUGCACGUGCAGAACGUUUUUUUGUACUGUAACAUUUCUUUGCCUUCCGUGCACGACUACGGCGUGAAAUGACCUCAAGGUUUUUUGAGGACGGGAACGGCAACGCGACAAAUUCUACCAUCUCUGUCUGAAAUCGGGUGCGGCCCCCUCUCCAGCUCCAACAUAAAUUCCCUUCUUUUAAGUAACUGGGAGACUUGGGAUAAUCGCAAAAUUGUUUGGAAGGAUGCGGAGUCUACUUUUCAGCGAGGUUUUCAUGGACGUCGCCGUUGUCGGAUCGUAAGGUCCCUAUUUUCCACUGUAACGACGGGAAAAGUCGUGCUGACUUCUAUUUUGGUUUCAAGACACUUCUUUGCAAAUGUUUAACAAAAGUGAGUACAGGGUAUAGCUAACGACCCUUUUUCGCAUGUUCCUUCCUUCUGGUAUUUUAUUUUCCCUUGCUAGCGCGCGUUAAUUACUCAAAUACCCUACAGUAUAUAAAACUGUACUUCUUAAACAAGCUUCAUUGACUAAAAAAGUCAUUUCGUUUCUACAAGAAGUCUCUGCGUGCUUUCUUUUAUAGACUUGGAUGAAUGUACCACUGGUUCGGAUUCCUGUGACGUCAAUUCUGUAUGCCAGAAUACCGUGGGCUCAUACACAUGCUCGUGUAAUGCUGGGUACACAGGAUAUGGAAAACCUUGCAAUGGUAUUUGAAAUACAGUCGAACCUUCCUGUGAGACUACAGAGGCGGAUCCACGGGGAGGGUUGACUGGGUUGUAACCCCCCCACCCCCCUUGGGAAGUUUUCAAACUUGUCUGACUACCCAGGUCUAUCCCUUACCAAAAAAUAGUAUGAUAAGUAAGUUCCAGUCCAAUCGAUAAUUACAAGAAGACUGUAGCUAUUCCUCUUCUCGACCCCUUAUUCAUCAGACGAAAAUCGCCACGCCCGCCAUCUGCUUUGUCUCGUGCCAUCGAUUACAGUAAAUAAGGCACUGCAGCUGGAUGAUGAAGUAGGUCCUGGGAGAAAGACAUUUCAUUUCUCAAAUCCCUGGGAAAUGAGGUACGUAGAUGGAAAACACUCUGACUGGCAUUCAACAGAUAGGGAGCUUCCAAAAAACCUUUUAUUAGCACUUGGGGUUUGCGAUGAAGACGAUUUUCCAAACAUCUAUCGCCCUCUGGUCAUUGCAUGCACCUACCCGAUCACAAGCGCAGAAGCUGACCGAUCGUUUUCGCUGAUGAAAUGAAUCAAGAACUGCUCUAGGUCAACAAUGCCUAAAGAGCGAUUAUCUGAUCUUGCAGUGAUCGCCAUAUACUACUCCGAGAGAUUCGAGGUAGACAAGAUAUGCCAAGCCUUUGUAAAGGCUCAUCCAAGAAGCUCUUUCAAGCUAGCGCUAGUCUGUAAAAUUAAAUAGGCGGGUGAAAAGAAGACAAACAGCUAUCGUUGUUGCACUGUACUCAUAGUCCUUAACAAUAGUGCCUCAAAUUUAUACCUCUGAAAGCAAAACGAAGAAAAUCUACACAUUCUACAUAUUCAAACAUAACGCUAACCCUAACCCUAACGCUCCCACGUCCCGCAUUCUUUUGGCCCUGGGACGUUUGCCUUGAACUCCCAUACUUACAACCCCCUCUUUGAAAAACUCCUGGGUCCGCCUUUAGACUACUCCUCUGCCCAUAAGCGGAGAAGGAAUUACAAAUAUCGUAAAUUCCGUAAAAUAAAUUAUUUUUAAAACAAAAAUAGAAGUUUUGGGGCCUGACUAAUGGGAUAUACCACCUCUUGUCCCAUUCUCGUAAGCGACCACUAAAUGUUCGCAUUUUGGGUGGUCGCUAAGGGAGGUUCGACGGUAAUAAUUGAAGAGAAGACACAAGCUCAACACUGUCAUGUCGUUAGUACCUGUCGUGUGGGUAAAUAUAAUCAGAUUUUGUAAACAUAAAUAAAUAAAUAAAUAAAUAAUGAUAAUAAUAAAAACAAAUACACGAUUUUAUCGACCGGAUAAGAACUAACAGAUCGAUGUAAUAUCACUGAUUCUAACACCCUAUGCAAUUUACUCGUUCUCAUGCAGAUAUCGACGAGUGUUCUACCAACUCUGACAGCUGUGGUGCCAAUGCGGUGUGCAGCAAUACUGCUGGAUCGUACACAUGCGCGUGUAAAGCAGGAUUCACAGGCGAUGGAAAAACAUGCUCCAGUAAGAUGUUGUGGUAAUGUAAAAAAUGACUUUCAAAACGAUCUAAAUGUGAUUCUACGCCCCUCUAUUUGCUAUAUUUGUUCAGUACAUGAAAAAAUGUAAAUAAGAAAGAAAGAAAGAAAGAAAGAAGGAUGGGCAUAACAUAAAUUAUAUAAAAUUUCAAUUCAUGUAAAACACAACAAAACGAACUUAAAGGAAGUUGCAGAAAACAAUUAAAUAUAAAUAAGUAUGAUGGCCUUAGCUGGAGUCAUUCUUAACAAAAAAAUCUAUGGUAUGGCAACUGAGCCAACAGGGGCAUUUCGCUAGUUAUGUUAUGAAAAUCGCUUUGGCUCGUUUUUUUUUUUUCUAGAGAGGAAUACUCCCUGUUUUUUAUUUUUUUAUUUUUUUUUAUUUCCAUACUAGUUCUCACUCUUAAUAUUUUGCUAUAAGGCAUUUGUAGUUAAAUAGGAUUAAUGUCACAGCGUAAACGAGAAUACAAUCAUGUAUAUAUGACCUUACUGAUCACUGGAUCUGCUGCAUGACUUACGACAAGGUUUCGAUCCUCACUUUUUUCCCCUAGACAUCGAUGAGUGCUCUACCAACUCUCACAGCUGUGACGUUAAUGCGGUGUGUAGCAAUAAUGUGGGAUCCUACGCAUGCGCCUGUAAAGCAGGAUUCACAGGCGAUGGAUACACAUGCACUGGUGAGGCGUUUAAGUCUAUAUUUGUUUUAUAUACUUGUUCUUCGAGUAAACCAGCUACAACAGCAAUGCAGCACACUAUUUGUACUCUUUUUGCCCUUCCAAUAAAAUGUUUGAUUAGAUGGCACAAAAUGCAGUAAAAUGGCCGCUUGGAGUAAGCCAACAGACAGGCGAUGUCAAGCAGACAGAUUAUGGAAGCAAUGAAUUAAAAAUAAAGUACAGGCGCUGGUUGUACAAACGCUGGAGAGUGCUAUCCAACGGAUAAAUCGCUAUUCAGUAGAUAAGUAUUAGGUUAUCAAUUGCGCUAUCCCCUGCAUAGAGAUUUAUCGACUGGAUAGGGUUAUCCAUCUUUUGAACAACCGGGGCCAGGUCGGCAAGAGGCGCCAAGUCGUAAGAUGUGUGUAGGUACGAUAUUUUUUGUCCAAUAAGUUUAACAAUAUCGAUUGUUCAAACUUGCGAUCAUUUUUCUCUUUUAUCAAGCUUAGACUAAUUAAUUGCGUUUAACUUGCUUCUCCUUUGCAAAGAAUACGGUUAUAAAGGUUAUGAUUACACUUACUUGUAUUGUAUUUAUUUUUUGUAGAUAUUGACGAGUGCGCCCACGGUACUCACAACUGCCACAGUUCACUUGCUUCAUGUACAAACACAGUGGGAUCCUUUAGUUGUUCAUGUAGCAGUCCUUACAUCGGAGAUGGCAAAACUUGCAUUAAUAUUCCAUACGGUAAAUAAUCACCAACAAUUAGGAAGAUGUCCAUUUACUAGACCCCUAUUUACACUCGUUAGAAGCAUGUUGCUUUAACCUUGAUUGUUUUAAAAGGGUUUCAGUUUAAUGCUAUUAUUACCCAGAUCUCUUGUCGACGAAGCCGAAAGCAAGAUAUGGUCAAUCAAUCAAUCAAUCAAUCAAUCAAUCAAAUUCAAUUUUCUUUUUUUAUUAGCCACUCAAACUGCAUAUAUAUAUAUAGUGGGAACUGCAUAUAUAUAGUGGGGGAGUGACAUGAGUAUUGACAUCAGCGCGCGCUGUAUGUAGUGUCUGCAAUAUAUAUAUUUUUUUAUUCUGGUCUUUUCCCCUUUUGCUUGCCUUUUUACGACUCACGAAUACGUGUAUCAUGACCACCUUUGCACAAGCUAAGGCCCAUUAAAGAACUAUUGCAACAGUUUACUUACUAGUGACUUCCACUUGUAGGGAUAGGAUCGUCCCUAGUCCGGUUAGAUUGUGCUUAUACUCGAUUAUUACCCACUUGACUAAACCAGCCUUUUAAUUACUAUUUGAGUUUCUCACAUUUCUAGAUUUUAUUGCCUCCUGCAGCCUCUUAUAUUAAGCAAUAUUUCAAGAUAGCGGUUUUGGAAUUAACGGACUAAUUCUUAUAAACAUCACUACAAUCACAAUAAUGCACUGCAAAAUGGUCUUGGUGUUGCGGAGAAAAAAACUGAUCAAUACCCACAACACAAAACAAAAGCGGCGGUUUCCGCAACACCAAGAAACACCCACGAUAUUCAGUAUUCAGAAUUCAGUACUCCGGAGAAAGGUGCAAGAGUACGAUAUUUAGUCGCGAUUUGAGCAAGAAAAUAGAAGAGGAACUGAAACCUUACGACAACAACCACAUAAACUGCCAUGAAAUGAUCGGAUGGACUCAUGAUCAGUGGCCAAUUUAAAACUUUGAGCAUCAUCGAUCAAAGGGUUCUUGGUCCAUUUUUUGCGAGAGAUAAAGAAACUUCACUAUAAGAAAUAUAUGAAAAUAGCGCGUUGCAAAUCCGUUACACAAGGCGAAUAGUACCGGGGUACUACAUACUUUAAAGAUCCAACCAGCAUAAAUCACUUUGUCGUUAGACCCUUCUCACGCGAAUGGUUUAAACAGAAGCGGGGGAGUAAGAUUGGAAGGGGCCACAAGCUUGAAAUCUUGUUUCCUCUCAAUAUUAUUUAACAAUAUAUUACCGUUUCUGAUUGUCUUUCCCGCCGCUAAAUCCUCACAAACAGCACAUAGUUACCAUAUUUGGAAGCCGAUGUAGGCAGUACCCAAUCGCGAUCGAUGGCAUGCUCCUUCACAUCAUACUUAGCCUCAUUCGAUAAUUGUUAAAUAUAUGAAAUAUUGGUGACUCAAUAAAGGUCUCAAUAGAAGAGGAAAACUUUGAACUUGUUUCCGCCAUGUCAAGGUGGGGAGUCGAAAAUCAUCCACAUUGAUCACGUCGAGCGAGCCAUUACAUUAUUCACGAUAAUUAUAUGCACUAUUGCCGUUCAAUCCGGAGAAUUGAUUUCUCUAAUUUUGCCGAUUAACUGCGAAUGCGGUCAACUUUAACCAUCGAGACCCAACUGUUGUCUAACGAAAAGUUCGGAAAUAGAUUCUCAGAGAAUGUUCCCCUAAACCUUAAUUUGCUAGUUAGUAUCUUUUUUUAUCUUUGUUAGUAUCUUUUUCUUUCAGUAUCUAGUGUUUGGAUUUUAUUUUUAUUCAUUCACGGUAACUUUUGAGAGAAAUUCAGUUGGCUAAAUCUGCUUUCCUUCCCUUACAGUGUAUUUUAUUUCGCUCUUCCUUCCCUUUACCUUUAUUUAUUAAUUCUGUUCCAAUUUGCUUUACGACCUUUUAUGAAAAGCGCCAAACGAAGAUAAAUGAGACUUCAAUAAUUAGUAAUGCAUUUGUACCGUGCGCAAGUCACUUUUUUUUUUUACAUAAGGAGCUUUUACAAUAGAAAGCCACCACAGGAACGAGAACCUCAUAAAAAUCAUAAAUUUAGAUUAGCAACUUUGCCAGUUUAUCAUGCUUUUCAGUAAUGUGAAACCUCCUUCAAAACUUAUCAGUAUUCAGUAGGGAUAUCGUCCAAUGGACUUCACUCACUCACUCGGGGCGGGGGUAAGGCUUUCAAUUCAGUCUGAGGUCUGAGGAAAAAUAAGAGUUAAAAUGUCUGAAAUAUUUCAUGUAAAUACUAAUACACAUAAAAUGUUAUGUACUACGGUCAUCCUAAUUUGCAACAAAAUUAAAAAUUAUUUGCAGAAACUUAUUCACAAAAAUGUCGAAGUUUUUUAACUGAGAAAUCACCAGACUAAUCGAAUUACACGACUGUUUAUUCAUCGAGCCAAGGAUAAGUUGGUGAAGUGAGACGCAAACAAUUCUUACAUGUAACAGUCACUGACCGGUUUGCAAUUCCUCGAAACUUAAUUUAUAUCAAUUCCCAUUAUGUCGCGUCGCAUCGCAGUUAGAUGUAGUGACACUCUCUUCGAACGUUUUUCCCUCUUGUACCAUUCAGAAUAACUGUGAAAAUUUCUUUAACUUGGAUAGCCGUUUUGCGAAGGCAGGUAGACGUUUAGGGCCUGUUUACAUGGAGGUGGGGCUUAGGUAGGGUAACCCGUAUGUCCAUAGAAUCUCUCAUAUGGUCACCGCCACCUAUCAUGUAAACUUGAUCAAAUUAAAAUGAGACACUAUAUGGACAGGCGGGUUACUUACCUACCCCUGAACAGGUCUUUACACUGUGUACCUGAGGUUGUACAAUGUAUUUGCACUUUUUGAAUUAUAUCUCAUCAACCUUUGUUAUUUUUGCUUCUUUUAUAUAUGCUCUCUUUCUAUCAUUAUUAUUUUUUAGUUAAAAAGAGAAAACCGUUAUUUAGCAAUCCUAUUGAAGUGAAAUAUUUAGUAACAGUAAUAGUUUAUCAGCCUACCCCAUAAAAUGGCUUUUCAGCCAACUUUACAGGGCCUCUAAUAUUUCGCGCGGUCGGGGAGCCGCGAAAUUCAGGUAAAUCCGCGAAAACCCGCAAAAUUCUCGAAAACACGCAAAUACCGCAAAAUUCGAUAGAAAUCUUACCUAAUACUUGUGUGUACAGCAAUUCUGAAACUUGUCUCAGCUACUGGGGGAAUUUACUUGCCGUAAAUUCGCAAAUUUAUGUCAAAACUUCGUCACUGAAACGCGCAAACAACGUUCCGAAACUACCAGGCGUAGAUUAUGUUACGAAAACCUGGGCACUAGCCAUGAUGUUAAAGGCUUUGCCAUUGGUUCAUUUCUGAAGCGUAUUGUUGUUGAAAGAGCAAGUGAUGACCUCAGUUAGAAAGACAUUAAAAACGCUGGUCUGAUCAGCGCAAAACCGAUCGAUUUCUAGCGAAAUUUGCCCCGAAAAUAACCACAAAAUCCGCCGUUUUUUUACCGAUUUCUUUCCGGCCAAGAUUUUGUCCCUACAAAUCCCCAAAUUUGACUCUUUUUUCCGCGACAUAUCAGAAGCCCUGACUUUAAAAUUGCAAUUUGAUAAUUAAAAGCAUAAUUAUCUACCGUAGUUGAAAUUUAUCUGGAAAAAAAUGAAAUAAGGAAAUGACGCUUCUUCACCUCAGCCUUAAGCUGCUCGAGAUUCUCUAUAUUACCUGAAGAUUCUGCAAAGUCAUUCCAGAAGCGGACCGCUUAUGGCCGCUGACCGGCAGUGAAUCUAAAGGAAGGCAUGUCUAACUUGUUUUUGUUUCCGAUAUUACGAGAGUGCGCAUCAACCAUUUUCUUAAACCUGUUACAGAUAAGGGGCUGCGGGCAAGUCCCUUAAUAUGUGUUAAAUAAACUCGCAUUUUUUUAAGAGGGUGCUAAUGGGGGUACCCAAUUCUCAGUUAACUACUAAAUUUCGGUUAGCUAUUAUCUUUCACUUUCCUACAGAGAAUAUCAUUCCGUCAUAACCCGAAUUUUCUGAAAUCAAGGUAUAUUUUUACAUGAAUUUACAUAAACUCCGCCACUAGUACAAUUUAUAAGUAACUAAAAAUAUAGAAAAGAACAUACAAUUAUCUAACCGAAGUAGUAAAAAAGGGUAAGCGAUAGCUAUUAAGACCCCUAUUAAAAUUAGAUUAAGUCGUAUAGCCAUCAACAUGACACCAGCCUCAGAGAUCCAGACUCACCAGUCAUGAUCUCGUGCUGAUCUUCCCGACCUGGUCAUGCGUGUCCUCCCAUAAACUACUUCAAAGUUACCUUCUUUGUCACUUUCAUUAUCUGAAACAGUCUCGUGUACUUAUCCGGUUGCUGUAUGUCCUGUAUCUUGUUGGGUGCUUGUUGCUGGCCUAAGUUUCAAUCCAUUUUCAAUCCUUCAAUCCAUUGCAACAGACGACGGGAAAAAAUCAUUGCCAAAAUAUACUCUUAAAUAACGAAACUGGCAGGACCAUUAUUUUGGAAUUCAAGUGAUGAAAAAAAAAAAAAAGUUUUAGCUUUUUAAAAAGAUAGCAAAUAGCAUGACAUAGUACCGUGACGGUGGGGGUAAAAAUCCUACUUUAGUUAUCUUGAUCGUUCGCUUCUUAUGAUUCGUUGUCAAACAGGGCGAAAGUUCUCUAUCCAGUCCCUCAUCACAACUUCAACUUCUUUUGGUAAUGUUUGCACCGAUGGGAGAGACAUAGUUGAAAGUGCUAACAGAGGCAUGAAAGUAUUUGACAAGGGACAAUUCGAUUUUUCUUGAGUGCAGCCCUUCGAAUUCGUAAUUCUUUUUAAGCUAUUCCUUCAUUGUGGUUCCAAAGUCUUGGGCGUAGUUUAAAGCACUAAAUGUUUUGUGUUGAAGUGAGAAACCGCGUGUAGGUUUUCCACCUGUGUUGUCAAAAGUUUUUUGUACCUCGAUACAGACUUUGUCGACAUUCUCUUUCGCGUCCCUGUGUUACCUUUUUUUUACAGACGUACCUUUUUCGCGCGUAUUUCAAAAGCGUCAUAAAGAUAUCCAAGGGUUUUAAUAAAUGAACCUGUUUCAGAAAGACAGGUUUAAACACGAUCUUAAUAGUCUCGAUAGUUAGAACUGCAACAUCAGUUACAACAAUGAUUUUUCGUAAGUACAAAUUACAUGUACUUUAAAGAAAGAUGUUGAUUUCUUUGAGCCAGCAAAAGAUCUAAUGCUUAGAGUUGGCUUUUUUCUUUGGGUGCGGUAAUGGUUAUUUUGACGAUCUUUUGGGUCCGUGAAAACAGUUCUUUCCUUUUACGAACACAAUAAUCUUGUUCGUUGAGUUGUCUACAACCAGCUGCUCUAUGACUGACGCUUUCUGUUUGCCGGGUACUGCCCUGGUGCCUUUUGCGCAUACUAGUGUGUGUUUAACACUGGUCAAAAAGUGUUGGGGGGUGUUUUGGGGAGGCGGAGCAUUUGGAAAUGUGGUUGAUAAAAAACACAUGGCCCACCCCCUCCCUUCGGCGCAAAAAUGACUACCCACCCCUAAAGCAAGGUUGGAAAUUCCAUGACCUACCCCCUUGUUAAUACAUGGAUGUUUGGUUUCCUCUUAGGGACGGACCAUUAGAAAAGUGAUGGGGCGGGGGGGGGGGGGGAAUUUUCAGCUUGCACGAAUUUAUUUUUUUCACUCACCGCUAGUGCAGAAAUUUUUUUUUUCGGGUGAACCCCUCUGCACGAAUUUUUUUUUUCAGACAAAUAUUUGAACAGUGAAAUCUUGAUUCAUUAUCUAUGUUUUUGUGCUUUAUAAAUUAUUCUACACUCACAACAGAUCAAAGGAUACAGGCCACUUUAAUGCAAAAUCUUUUCGAAAAUGUACACACAGUGAGAGAGGAGGAAGCCAAUUGGAGUGGAGGGCUUUCCUGUGCAUUUUUUCAGUCCGUGCCCUCUGGAAUUCCUCUCCCACAGCCCAUCACAAUGAUGCCGUACUCCAUUCAACAAUGAAAACCAUACUUUGUGGUUCCUAAUUUUUGUUAAAAGUACCGGUGGCAGUGUUGCUGUUUAUGUCGUUGACAGGUAAAGUUUUAACACUUAGGGACUGUGCAAUAAUUAUCAGGAGGGGGGGGGGGCUGAAAAACUAGAGUUAUCGAGCAAAAACUUAGACAGUACCCCCUCCAAAACAAAAAAAAGUAGUUCUAACUCCCCUCUGUUAUAUUAAAAAUAACGUCGCGCCUCCCCUACCACCACCCACCCACCCACACACACACAACCACCCCUCACCGCCACCAUUACCACAGAUGCCUUUAAGGAAAUACCCAUUAUAUUGUCAUGCGACUGUAAGCGUACGCUUACUUGUUGGAUGUCGUCGUCUGGAAACACUGGUAAACUCAAAACUGGGCUGAGCUGCCAUCACAGCUUCAAUAAUGACAAAAGUUAUUAUGUAACAUCUAGUAUCGAGAAGGAUGUCGAUCGCUUGAUUGAACAUUUAGACAAAGCAUUUGCUAAGUACCGGGGUGCUUACCACGUUGGCUCAAAAUCGAAAACUUCUGAAGCCAGAAAGAGAAAGGAGCAGAGAAAAAAAAUCAAAGAACAGGAGAUUGAACGCUUCAAAUAACAGACGAAAAAGAGCUUGCAUUAUAUUUAGAUCCUUGGAAGGAGAGCCUGUUGAACUUUGUUAUGAGCCAGAUAUAUAUGGAAUUCAGCAAAUCGAUUCAGUCGAUGAAGAAACAUUACUUUUAUUCACAUCAAAAACCGACAAAGCUUGUCUACGAGAUCUGUUUGAUUCCCAUUGUUUUACGGGGGAGGCUGAAAAACAAGUUCACGAUUUUUGCUUUACAUAGGAUCAGCUCAAUUAAUUAGAAGACGGGUUAAAAUUGAUCAGUUGUGAAUUUGCUUUUUAUUUUGAUGGAAUAUUUUCAAUAAUCCUUUAACAGCUGUUCGUAUUGAUAUUUGUUACAGUCUAUCAUGAUGCCUGUAUUGAGAAUCUUUUAUUGCGUUUAAUUUUAUUUACAUUUCGAAUGAGUGAUUUUACUUUGAGCCCCCCCAUAUCUUGGCAGCAAUUUUAUGUAAUGCCCCACCCCUCUAGUUUUUCAGCUCCCCCCUCCUGAUAAUUAUUGCACAGUCUCUUACUACUACGUGAGAAUGCACUUCUUCAUUGUAUUAUAGAAUUCUUAUUCAAGGCGGUAAGACCCAUCCUCUACAAAUAAUUUUAUAGAAUAUUUACAAAGCUACCAAAUUCUAAUAUUUAUUUAUUACAAAUUUUAUUUUAUUAUUUUUAUUAUAAUACAGUAUACAGUGUAUGUUGUAGGUACACUAGCUGCAAUUUAAAACAAAAACAAGGCUCUAAUUGUCUCCUUUCAAUAAGAGGAAAGUGAUUUUUGUUUAUUCGUAUUGUGCCUGGUAAUAUUGUUGAUUUCUGAAACUCAGACUUUCUGAAAGAAACUCAUACUUUAUGAAAAAGUCACAAUUGGACCUUCCUUCUGCAUAAAUUUUUUUUCUUUACCUUCUUCUUUGCAUGAAUUUUUUUCUUGGCAUUUUCCCUUGCAUGAAUUCCCCCCCCCCCAUCACUUUUCUAAUGGUCCGUCCCUCAAUAAAACCUUGUUCUGUGUUUGACAAUAAAAUUUGUUGAUACACUUCUACAACCAAUAUCAAAAUCACAGAAAUCAUACCUUUCACUGAAAAGACAACUGUGAAACAACGAACAUUUUUUGUUUCGAUGGACGUUAUAUGAGUCUUGAUCGAGUCUUGACACAAAUAUACAGAAAAACGAGGGUCUAUUGAAAUUGUCUGUCACAAAGCAUAUGAAAAUUUCUACAAAGAAAACUCAUUCCCACACGUUACUUGUCGGAAAUGCUAGGUUAAUCCUCAAAGAAAAUUUCUUCCACUUCAAUGGAAAGCACUACUUACAAAACAAUGGAACUGCAAUGGGCACAAAGACGUACAGCAGUUUUGAUUCCUUUGCCAAUAUUUUCAUGACAUAUAUUGAAACAACAACUCUAAGCAAACCUGUCUUUAGAACAACAGUUUGGAAGUGCUACAUACACGAUAUCUUUUCCCUAUGGGACAUGAGUAAACCAGACAUCAAAGCCUUCAUUGAAGAAGGAAACUUACAUCAUCCAACCAUUGAAUUCGAAACAUUUGACACUGAGACUGCGUUUUUAGACACGGUUGUAUACAAAGGCACUAGAUUCAAGGAAAAAUCUAUCCUUGAUGCAAAGACACAUUUUAAACAAACGGAAACUUUCUUGCACACACAUUUCACCUCGUGUAACCCUCCAAAUGUUAAAAAAGGAUUUGUCAAAGGAGAAGCCUUGAGAGUCCUAUGAAAAGACUCCUCAGAAACAAUAUUUUAGGAAAAUAAUUCAAAUUUAAAAAAAAAAAAAAAACGCUUGAUGGACGGAGGCUAAAAACAAUCUUUGAUAGAAAACCUACUAUCAGAAAUAAAAUUCACAAAAGGGAGUCUAAGCUCCUAAAAAGAAACAACAAGGAGAAAAAAGAAAUAUUGCCAUUCGUGACACAAUACCAGCCCUCCAGUCUUCAGCAUGAGGAAAAAUACGAGCUAAAAUGACUGAAAGAUCUAAUGUGAAUACUAUAAAUAAACAUAUUAAAAUACUAAAAAACUUAUUCACCAAAAUGUCGAAGUUUUUUAACUGAGAAAUCACCAGACUAAUCCAAUUUCACUACUGUUUAUUCAUCGAUCAAAGAAUAAGUUGGUGAAGUGAUUCUUACGUGUACCAGUCUGCCUCAGUUACCGGUUUGCAAUUCCGCAAAACUUAGUUUAUAUCAAACUCCCAUUAUGUCGCGUCGCAUCGCAGCUAGAUGUAGUGACACUCUCUUCGAACGUUUUCCCUCUUGCACGAUUCAGAAUAACUGUGGAAAUUUCUUUUAUUUGGAUAGCCGUUUUGCGAAGGCAGGUAGACGCUUAGGGCCUGUUUACAUGGAGGUGGGGGUCCCCAUGUUAGUGAGGUGACCCGCUUAGGUAGGGUAACCCGCCUGUCCGUACAAUCUCUCAUAUGGUCACCGCCAUCUAUUAUGUAAACUUGACCAAAUUAAAAUGAGAGAUAAUAUGGACAGGCGGGUUAAUAACCUACACGUGAACAGGUCUUUAAACUGUGUACUUGAGGUUGUACAAUGUAUUUACAUAAUUAUAUCUGACCAACCUUUGUUAUUUUGGCUUUUUUGUUUUCCCAUUUUAUUAUUAUUAUUUUUUUUAGUUAAAAAGAGAAAACCGUUAUUUAGCAAUCCUAUUGAAGUGAACUAUUUAGUAACAGUAUGUAAAUAGUUCAUCAGCCUACCCCAUAAAAUGGCUUUUCAGCUAACUUUUCAAUUACAAUUUGAUACUAAAAGCAUAAUUGUCUAUUUAACGAUAUGUGAAAUUUAUUGGAAAAAAAAAUGAAAUGAGGAAAUGACGCUUCUUCACUUCAGCCUUAGGCUGCUCGAGAUUCUCUAUAUUACCUAAAGAUUCUGCAAAGUCAUUCCAGAGGCGGAGUGCUCAUGGUCGCUGACAGGCAGUGAAUCUAAAGGAAGGCAGGCCUCCCUUGUUUCUGUUUCCGAUAUUACGAGAGUGCGCAUCAUCCAUUUUCUUAAACCUGUUACAGAUAAGGGGCGAAGCAAGUCCCUUAACAUGUGUUAAAUAAACUCGAAUUUUUUAAGGCUUGUCAAAAAAACCAAGGCACGCGUUUUAUCACUGGUUAAAAAAUCUUGCGCUUAUUACGCUCGAAUGUUAAACCAGUGAUAAAACACUGCUGUUCGUGUUUUAAACAUUACUAAACACGGAACGCUUUCAGACUACAAAACGAUUGUUUUCCCUUUUCCUACAUUGAGAUACGUACAUUACCCUAGAAUUAAACACCAAAAAACCAUUCACCACCAUAUGACAAUCAACUUGAACGAAAUGGAAUAAGAGUGAUAAAAAUUAAUUUGAAACAGCGUGAAUACACUUUUUUGUGGCGUUUUCGCUCCAUGCCGUCGCAGUCGUGGUUGCUUAAUAUGCUCCUUAUAUGGAAAGAGACCGUGACUGAUAGGGAGAUCGGGUAUGCCAAAUAUGGAGAAUAUGGACUCUACGCCUCCGACUGAGUUUAAUAAACUCUGGAGGGGCUAAAGUGUAACGUCACUGAAAUUCGCAGUAGCUAGACUGCGAGAUUAAAACCGCACCAUUUGAAGAGAGAGUACCAUGCCACUAGCGCGAAAGCUCAGAAAGAAAAAAUUCUUUAUAGGCGUUUGUUAUUUUACGCUUUUCAGCGUGAUCAUUAUGAUAACAAGCUUCAAGCGUAUCUGACACUUGCGCGAGCUUGUUUUUAUAAAGGGUAUAUCUCCAGGAAGUCUAGUUAAGUCUAGGGGUGCUUACCAUUUGACAGAAAAAUCCGGUUGGGGAGUCGAAAGCAUAAUGGUAAGCGAUUUGCCAGUAUACCAUAGAAAUGCCACAUCCGUUAAGGUUUGAAUCCAAAAAAAGGGCGAAUUUGUGUCGCGUGAGUCUCGAACCGAGAAGGAACCGAGAAAUUAGUUAAUGGUAAGCAACAUUCCAUUUAGUUCGUACCAACCGGAAUGAACGGACUACAUCAAAACGUACUCCUCAAUUUUCGGUUGGAAUUUUCGAAAAGUGACCUUACCAUUUACCUUCCAUCCGGAAUUUCCCAAAUUUUCCGUCAAAUGGUUAGCACCCUAGUUCCCUGCUUUCCGUUAUUUGCUCUAUGAGAUCCCUUGACGCACACCGAUCCGUGCAGAAGAUGAAAUGAAAUUGCAUGAAACUGCAGGUAAUGAAAAUAUCAAACAGGAAUAGUUCAGACUUCCUUUUGAGUUCAUGGGCAUCCUAACUCAAGGGAUUUUGAAACUCGACCUUGGUACCAAAGUUCCAAGGCAACCUCAUAACAGUUACAAAGGUAUAAAGUAAAAGUCUCUUAUUACCGACACUACAACGUUUUUAUGACCUCUAUUUUUUUACAAUCUGACUGGGUUAAUUCUCGUGCGCUCAUUGGCUAAUUUAUAUCGACAAUAAGAGGACAAACACAAAAUUUUAAUUUCUGCAAGACGAAACACCGUAUAUAACGGAGACUUUCUAAAAUUUACCCGCUUAAUACGGACACCGUUUAAUAUGGACAACGGACACUUUUUUGUGUCCCGAGGCACAAACUCGCAUACAUUGUUAACCCCUGCUAUUUACAGACACUGGUUAUCUGCGUGCUGUCUAUAUAUUUUCCUUGUAACAAUCACAUGCUAAUUGUAGAUAUUGUAUACUGUUCAAACAAUGACAGAUUUCUUUGGGUUUAAGAAGCAGAAUAGCAUGAUAUGUUUGAUUUUAAGUCAGUCUUUCUUCCCAUGUUUGACCCUUGUACUAUAUGGCUAUUUAAUAAUAUUUUCUGCUACAAAAAUUUCACUUCCUUAUUGGCUUUUCGCCGCAGUCAUUUUUCCUACCCUUCUUCCUCUUUGUCUGUCCUAGUCUUUAUAUCAAUAAAACAUCUGCCCUGGACGUUUUUUCGGAGAGCCCACGUAUUACGGCCAGCCGGAUGGUACGGACACCAAGGCAUUUGUCCUAAUUGUCCGUAUCAACCAAGUUCUACUGUAGUUUCUUUUUAAAAAGUAAAAUGUUAUUUUACUCAUUCUUUUUUCCAAACAUUUUUUAUAGUGAAAAGCAAAUUGACGCCAGAUCACAACAUUUUCAAAUUUUCUACUAGAUUCACUCGCCUGGGGCUCGUGUUACGGUGGAUCCACAACACUUUGACAAUGUUAUGAUGCAGUUUUAUCAUCAAAGAGGACAGACGAUAAAGAAACUAGCGUCAAUGUGAUGAAUUGAACCAAUUUUAGUGCAUAAAAUUAUUAUUUAACCUACUAUUUCCCUACUUCAUCGUACGUAGCAGAGAUCACUCAUCCAUUUGCAGGCGCAGAUCGAGGCAGCUAGCUGCAGCUUAAGAAUGCCUGCUGAUAUAUUUGUCUCUCAUUCCCAUGUUAUUGCUUAACCUUGACUGUAUGUCUACCAGUGUGUGAAAGUCGGUAACCAAUCCUCAAUUAAUCGUAUGCAGACAGAUAUCGCGACAGUGGCGGGCUGGUGCUGGGGGAUCUUAGAGGACGUGAAAAUUACCCACUUUGAACCUGUUUGUGUUCAGUAGAUAAAACUUUACGAAACCAGUUGAACUACAAGAAAUUCUAAAAUAUUAAAUAAUUUUCUAGCUUUUUAAAAGUUAAAUUAAUUCUUAUUACUACUAUUAUUUUAUUUUUUUCUGUAUCAGAAUGUCAGAAUUACGCAAGUCUUAACAGCGGUGACAGAAAGAUCACGUACACUGCUUACCACGGUUAUUGUGACAGUGGAAUCGGACCUGGGUGGUUCCGUUUCGAAGGGUCCGCUGGUACAAGAAUACCAACUUCAUGUACGCCGCAAUAUAGAUGUGGCACUCAUUUGCCAGCCUGGUUGAGUGGUGGACACCCUACAGUAGGAGACGGUCAGGUCACCAGGACGGUGUGUUUUCGUUAUAAUGGUAACUGCUGUUAUUGGUCAACAAACAUCAAAGUGAGAAACUGUGGUUCAUUUUAUGUGUACUAUCUUAAUCAGAUACCUGUUUGUGAUGGCCGUUAUUGUGGUACUGAUUAA